AUGACGAAGCGGCCGAACUUUCUCAUAAUCGUCGCCGAUGAUCUCGGUUUCUCUGAUCUUGGCUGCUAUGGCUCAGAGAUCAACACUCCCAACCUCGACAAGCUGGCGCAGGGUGGCGUUCGAAUGACCAACUUCCAUACUGCGGCUGCCUGCUCACCAACGCGAUCCAUGCUUUUUUCUGGUACUGACAACCAUAUCGCCGGUCUUGGAGAAAUGGUAGAGUAUAUGAUGUCGUUCAAAGAGUACUUCAAGGACAAGCCAGGGUAUGAAGGAUACCUCAACUGGAGAGUGGCUGCUCUCCCAGAGGUACUUCAGGAUGGUGGUUAUCACACAAUAUUUUCUGGUAAAUGGCACCUCGGCCUGACCAAGGAGUUCUCCCCCUCCUCGCGAGGGUUUAGCAGAGAUUUCUCGUUUCUCCCCGGCGCUGGCAACCACUUUGGCUAUGAGCCUCAGCUUCAAGACGACGUCUAUUUCCCCGCCCUCUCGAGCAAAGGACACUGGAUGGAGGAUGGAGCAUUUUUCGACCAUGAGGAUCUUCCGAAGGACUUCUACUCAACAACCACCUUUACGGAUAAGAUGCUUGACAAGUUCAGGUUCAGGACGGAAGAGGAGAAACAGAAGCCAUUUUUCGCAACCUUGGCUUUCACGGCGCCACACUGGCCACUCCAGGCGCCUAAGCAUAUUGUGGACAAGUACCACGGCAAAUACGACCAAGGUCCAGAUCACCUAGCCGCUUCCCGCCUACGCCGUCUUAUCGAACUCGGUCUUGUGAGCCAGACUGCCCAAAUACCAGACCCCGUAGGCGUACAGGGUUACGAAUGGAGCUCCAUGACAGCAGAAGCCAAAGCUAGAUCAGCCCGGGCAAUGGAGGUGUAUGCUGCCAUGGUGGAGAUGGUUGACGAUGACGUAGGGCGGGUGUUGGGACAUCUGAAGGAAACCGGCGAACUAGACAACACGUUUGUCCUCUUCAUGUCGGACAACGGAGCAGAAGGAGCCUCGAUAGAGGCAGCGCCGAUUAUGGGCGGUACUAAGACGAUGGCCUACAUAUUCGACAAAUACUACAACAACAGCCUCGAAAAUAUUGGUCGUCCAGAUUCCUUCGUUUGGUAUGGACCACGCUGGGCCUGCGCUUCUACAGCUCCUAGUAGGGGUAUGAAGUCCUGGGUUCUCGAGGGCGGCAUCCGUUGCCCAUGCAUAGUAUCCUACCCUCAAUGGCCCACAAAACUUGGUGCCGUCACGGACUCCUUCACGAGCGUCAUGGAUAUUCUGCCAACAAUCCUACAGCUAGCGGAUGUGCCUCACCCAGGCAAAACCUUUCGUGGACGCGAGGUGGUACCGCCCCGAGGCAAAUCCUGGGUCAAUCACCUGUCAUCUGGUAACGACGCAAGAGUUGGCGUGUAUGAUGAAGAGGUUGAUAUUCACGGCUGGGAGUUUCUAAAUCACAAGGCAAUCAGAAAGGGCAACUGGAAAGCGGUUUGGAUCAGCGCGCCGCGUGGAAAGAAUGAGUGGGAGCUGUAUGACGUUGAGAAGGAUCCGUCUGAGCUGUCAGAUCUCGCUGCUGGGCGGCUAGAUAUCCUGGAAGAGAUGAUCUUUCACUGGGAGCAGUAUUAUUCGGAAACAGGGAUGAUACCGACUCCUAUGUUGGGCCAUCGUCCAUAG